AUGCUUGUAGACAUCAAUGUUCUGUUUCCAUUCCACAUACCCAUAUAUGUGCCGCGGAUACUAUGGACCCCAUUCGUCAAGACCAUGAGCGCGUUGCGCAUCAUUGCACCACCUCAACACCCAACGAGGGUCCGGAAUGGCAAGCCUGGACCAUUCGUCCGGUUCGACUUUCCCAUGAACUUCAUAACAACACCUCUGGUAGCGGAUCUCUUUCUACUAGCCAUCCUUGCUAUUGGCGCAAAAGAAGUAAAGGGUGGCACCCUGGGUGAUCAGGGUAUUGUUCCAUACGAUAUCAUGCUGUUCUUCCUCUCUCUUGCUUACAUCGCUAUUUCUGUUGAUGCUUCCGGUCUCAUUAGAUGGCUAGCUUUCAAGGUGUUGCAGAAAGGAGGGAAAGUCGGUCACCGGCUUUUCUUCUACCUGUAUGCCUUCUUCUUCCUUCUCACUGCGUUCAUCGGUAACGAUCCGGUCAUUCUAUCCGGCACUGCGUUUCUGUCGUACAUGACGCGUGUAUCGAGCAACAUCAAGCAUCCAAGGGCGUGGAUCUUCACACAGUUCUCGGUCGCCAACAUCGCAUCGGCGAUACUGGUAUCAUCCAAUCCGACCAACCUAGUCUUGGCCGGGGCGUUUGGGAUCACAUUCAUCAAGUACACGGCCAACAUUAUCGUACCAGUUCUUGUCACGGGAGUUGUACUGUAUCCUUUCUUGUUGUACAUCAUCUUCCACGACGAAUCUCUCAUCCCCGCAUCUAUCAAGAUGGAAGAUCUUCCAGAUGAGCUCAAGAACAAGAAACCGGUCAAUCCCAAUAUUCCCUUCGCCAAAGGUGCACUCGAAGACAACGAAAGCGAUCCCAACAGUGACGACGACGAACAAGAGAAGAAACUAUCCCUCGAGGAAGUCCUGAACCCCUUCUUGGAUAGGAAAGGCGCAAUGUUUGGAGCAGCCAUCAUGGCAGCUACACUGAUUACUGUCUUGGCGAUCAAUGCUGCCUCUCAAGGCUCUCAUGAACGUCCGGUGUUCUGGGUCACUUUACCCGCUGCAUUCGUCAUGCUGAUCUUCGAUCUCACAAUGGGUUGGCUCAACCGGGCAGAGACACGUAAGAUCGCCCACGAGGGUCGACGCAGAGCAGAGGCCGCACUUGCUGAAAGAGCUGAGACUAGGAGGCAGUCUGUCAUACAAGAAGAGCUGGACGCGACCGCCACUCAAGCGGAUCACAAAACGGCCCAGAACCCCGAGGAGAAGUCGCGGCCAUUGGCUGAGGCCUCCAGUCACAUAUUGAGCGGUCGAACACGGGAGAUGAUGGGCGCUGAACUCGUAUCGCAGGACGAGAAGAGGCUAGAGCCAGCCAAGAGGCCGAUGCCAACCACACUCGCGUCACUCGUCGCAGACACGUAUAGAUGGGCACAGGAGACGUUUCCGACAACUAUGACUGUCUUCCACCACCUCCCGCUGGCGCUUGUUCCUUUCGCCUUUUGCAUGUUCGUGCUGGUCCAGGCUUUGGUCACCAAGGGCUGGGUUCCGGUCUUUGCACAUGGGUGGGACCACUGGGUUGAGAAGACAGGGACGGUUGGUGCGAUUGGAGGCAUGGGCUUCGUUUCAGUCAUACUGUGUAACUUUGCUGGAACUAACAUCGGCACCACAAUUCUCAUCUCUAGGGUGGUACAAUCGUGGCAAGAAAUCCACCGUCAAAACGGCAUUCCAAUAUCCGAUCGAACUUUCUGGGGCACGAUAUACAGCAUGGCGAUUGGCGUGAAUUACGGUGCUUUCAGUCUCGCCUUCAGUGCAUCGCUGGCGGGCAUGCUCUGGCGCGAUAUUCUGGGCAGAAAGCACAUCCGUGUUGGUGGUCUAGAGUUUGCGCGCGUCAAUCUGCCCAUCAUUGCGAUCACCAUGCUCGUCGGUCUGGUAGUUCUUGUUGGCGAGAUCUACAUCAUGAGGACGGACGCUCCCUAUGAUAGCUCUUUCCGCGACAACGCGCCCACGCUGGAGGCAACCGAGGCAGAGCUGUCAAGGCUUCUUGCAGAAGAGAUCUCCGUCCAGACCGAGCUCGACAAGUUCAAGAGCAAGGUUGCAGAGCUCGAAAUCAGGCGAACAAACGUGGGCAAGGAGUGUCAUCACCUCACCCGCAUCGUCGCUGAGAAGCUCUGCCGCAAAUUCGUCGACAAGUUCUACACCACUCUUCCACCAGAGCUCCGCGAGAUGGUAUACGACUACGUCUGGGAUGAGCCCAUGCUCAGACUGGUGUUCGAUGACGUGACCUUGUACGAGAAGACUUCGAACACUACAAGUUUCCCGCCGUCCGUCGCGUCGAUCGGCCGUCGAGGGCAGGACCGAGGGCGGGACCGGAGGCGGGACCGAGGGCGGGAAAAGAUCAAUUUCGCGCCUUGGUCCGUACCCUGCAGGGGAGACAGCUGUCGCUGUUUCCAUUGGUGGGAGCUUCCGCUCUGGGCUCAGCACCAGUAUGUGGGAAUGGACGUCGCGAAGGAAGUCGCCAAGGCAUACUAUCGCAUCAUGCCCGGCCGUCAGUUGGACGCUAAUCACCUCCACGAACUAACCGACUUCCUGUCUGAAGAUCACUUCCACCUCGGCGUCAAACCUCUCGACCACAUCCGCCGUCUAGAGCUCUCCUUUGGGGAUGAGGCUUACAUCCAAAACGAGGGCCGAUCGAAACACUCUUUUCAGACCAAGAAUGGCCAAGACAUCUUCCAGCACUGUUUCGAAGAGCUCUUGGACUUGCGUGUCAAGAAGGGUUUCCACCUGACGAUCAAGCUCCAAUGGGACGGUGAUCACAUCUACUGUAUGCCGGCUCUGGAGCGCUCCCGCAAAGUGGUUCACGCGUUGAUGAAGGAAGGCGCUAAAGUCACUGUGCUUGCUUUUGAGAUGAACUACCGCAAAGAGUACAACGUCUCAGAUUACUACGCACUUUCACAGGAAGACUGGCAGGCAAAGUGGAUAAAGAGGAUGCGAAAAGCUCAUCGCCUUCAGCGCCGUCGCCCUGCCUCACUCACAAGCUCUCUGUUGGCGCUUAUUCAUGGUCACCCUGGAACUGAUAUUGACAUCCUUGACGAAGACCUCGUGGGCGAUUCACAACAAGAUAGGUCGGAAGACGAUGCGUUUGUGAGGGCUAUGGCCGGCUUGAAAGCUCCUCCCGACCCGAGCGCUCUUCUUUUUCCCAUGUGA